GAGGACAGGGUGGCCAGCCCACCUGUGACUUCCGCGCCGCCACCAUCAGGCCUGGGAGGAUCCAUGCCCAGGAAUCAGCCCAGUGAUGGGUUGUGCCACCAUGGCGGUGCCAGCAGGCGAGCGAUGGUGAAGCCAGCACACCAUGUACAGUGUGGAGGACCUGCUGAUCUCUCACGGGUACAAACCACCCCGAGACCUCCCAGUGCCACGUGGGACGAAGGCUGAUGGGCACGCACAGGCGAAGACAAGGACCAGAGGCAGCCAAGGCCUGCAGAAUGGGUGUGAGGAUGGUGCUGCUGCCCUGGCUCCAAGCAGGCUGGCCCCGGGGCCAGGCCCCAUGAGGGCCCCUGAGGCCCACCGCAGCACACCAAGGUGCCACACGGAGCACCACAGGACUUCUGUUUCCGGAGCUCCAGAGGCGGGGUUUUAUAACCAGCCUGCCUUAGCAUGGUCCUCUCAGCCCCAUAUCGGUCAUGACCAGGCCUGUCGGAGAAGAGGUCAGAAGGCCAGCAGCUCGCUGGGCCCGCGAGACCAGGAUGAGCUGGAGAGCAGAGGAAUGGCCCAAGCCCGCAGCCUGCCUGUCCCCGUGAGGGAGGGCCCAUGGGAAGUCGGAGGAAGGACAGAGCACGUGAUGAAGAAGGCAGUCUGGGAAGAGGAGCCAAGGAUGUCAAGUACUGCUAAGUGGCAGAACACGAGCUUCGGGAGCUGGGACCAGCCGAGGAAGUUAGGGAGGCAGAUGUCUGAUGGUGACGGGGAGAGACUGUUUCAGGAUCUGUACCCAUUCAUUCAAGGCGAGCACACACUGACUUCUCAGAACAAAAAGAAAUCCCAGUCACUACCUCGAGUUCUCUCCCCCGAGAGCCUGAGUUCCAUGGAAAUCCCCAUUGAACUAAAUGUUGGACACUUACCAGGUGUUCCCAGAGUGCCCCCGUAUCCUCCCAGUUGUGCACCCCAUUCGGAAUUGACCAAGAACUCUGGGAAGGCUGGCUCCUCGGCCCCCUUCCCCCGGCCGAAGUUUGGGAGACCUCUCAAGCCCCCGUCAUACAGCUCACACCCACAGCCCAGGGGCGGGGAGCUCGGCAGCCUCCAGGACGGCCAGCAGACGGACCUGCAUGGCCCCUGCUUCCCCAGAGCCAGCGAGCCCAGGUCUGAGCCCAGUGUGCCCGACUGUAGCCUGGAGCCCCCAGUUUAUGUGCCUCCGCCUUCGUACAGGUCGCCCCCCCUGCACAUCCCAAAUCCCUACCUGGAAGAUACAAUGCCCAAACACACGAGUGGUGGCCACGGCCCACAGAACCAUCCCACUGAAAAGCCCGGGGCCAGUGUCCCACUUCCUUCUGGCCUCCUCAGAACUGGAAAUGAAUACGGUGCCAGCCCAGGCUCUCCCCGAAGUCUCCAUCCACACCCUCGUCCUGUUGCCACCUAUGAAGGCUCUGUUCAGUACAUACCCUUUGAUGAUCCUCGGAUUCGCCAUAUCAGACUAGCUCAGCCCCUGGGUUUUGGUGAAGGAGUGAAGCCUGACGACAGACCUUCUGACACCUGUCCUGUGUCUCUCCCAGAGCCAGCUCAGAGGAAGAGGCGCUGUGACGGUGCCAUUCUCAAUGCACAGAGCCUGACACUCACAUCAGGGAACGAGAAGGGCCCGGCCUGGGUUGACCCUGGCCCACAGUGGCUCUGGGGCCAGCUCCCAGGGGGUGGAGAGCAUGCACACUCCCCUGACCAAAGGGACCACUGCUUCUCGAGGGGACAGCAUGGCCACACAGGGAGCCACAUUUUCUCCUCAGACCCACAGGGUGAGAGGACCUGUGAAGCCCACACCAAGCUCAGAAUGUUUGAAACUGGGAUGCAGACCAAGAAAAGUUCAAAGAAAAAAGCAAACGAGACUAUAUUUUGUUUGGUUUCUAUCCCAGUUAAAUCAGAAUCCCAUCUGCCAGAGAUAGAUACGAACAACAAUGACUUAAAACAGAGCGCUGAUAAGAAGCCCGGGCUUGAUAAGAGCCUGGCCUUGCAAGAACAAAGCCUCCUGAGCAUGUCUUCCACUGACCUGGAGCUGCAGGCUCUCACGGGAAGCAUGGCUGAGAAAACAGAGUUCCCAAUGCAAGAUCUUGGGGAACCAGAAGGGGACAAACAAACAGAUGACCUCAGAUUCGUCCACCUUGCAGAACACAGAGCGCUCAAGUACUCUGGCUCAUGGCCAGGGCACCAGUAUAGGGACCAGCAAACACAAACCAGCUUCCCCGAAGACUCUCAGGGCUCACAGCUGCUGCCUGCUGCAAGGCCGGGGGAGCUGAGUGAAACGGCCCCGAAGUGUGUGGACCCCACUGCCUCCGGCAUUCAAGGGCAUGCAGCCCCAGGAUCCAGGGACCCGAAACGGAAGGCACACGGCCCUCACCUGAAGGGCCAGAUGCCCCUGAGCCCAUCCAGCCACAGUGCUUUCUCCAGGACUUCCCCGUCCACCACUCAGGCCCCUGUGCCCAGGGCUGGCCAGGGUCAGCCCUGCAUGGAUGUCUGUGGGCAGGGAGCCAGCCCGGUGGCCAAGCCCGAAGUGGUGAAGGGGGAACCCGCUGCGGGCCCCUGCAACAGCAAGCAGCUGUUCGGCCAGUUUCUUCUGAAGCCGGUGAGCCGACGGCCCUGGGACCUGAUCAGUCAGCUGGAAAGCUUCAACAAGGAGCUUCAGGAGGAGGAAGACAGUCCUGAUGGCAGCAGCGGCGGCAGCAGCGAGGAAAACGAGAUAGAACAGCGACUGGAAGACGAUGUCGGUGCUGGUCCGAAGAGCUGGGGCUUCCAUGAUGACAGCCGGGAGAAGAGAGUCGCGCCGGGGCUCCUGGUGCCGGAUGACCCCGGGUGUUGGUCAGGAAGGGCGAAGGGCCGGUCUGAGAGCGGGGACCUGAGGGCCGGCCUCCCACUGGCCCGUCCUCCGUCUCCCAGCUUCUCGCAGGUGCAAGGGGGCCAAGGUGAGCUUUUCGGGUCAGCAGGUAGAAGUCUGGUGACAGAGACUUGGAAGCAGGAGAUUGUCAACGGGAUGGAUGAGCUUUCAGUCAGCCCAGGGCCCAUGGAAACAGCGGUGUCUUCAAGACCAGGACACACAGAGCCAGCGCCCCCGGCCUGGCUGGCCGCCCCGAGGGGCCCAGCAGAAAGUGAGAAACUGGGCAAUGCUCUGGGUUCUGUUCUGCGGCUCAGAGCGGUUCCCCCAGAGGAGCGGGCUGCAGGGACCCCGCUGACCCUUACUGACAAAAGCAGAGGCCUCUCUGCGCCGGACUUACGGUCUGUGGGGCUUGUGACCAGACAAGAGCCCAGCGCCAGUGAGCUGGACAGGCCUCCGGGUGAGGGAAGCGUUGCGGACGUCCCCCCAAGCCCCAGCGAGUCGCUGCAGGCGCGGGCAGCGCGGAUCCUGGGCAUCGAGGUGGCCAUGGAGGCCCUGCUGCCGGGUGCCGGAGCUGCAGGCCCGAGCCUGUCACCUGAGCUGGACGCAGGUGCCCGCAGCCUGGAGCCGCCCAGGGACGGGCCCCUGCCCACGGUGAGCGCAGAUGCCUUCUAUGGCAGGAGGAAGUGUGGCUGGACCCAGAGCCCACUGUUUGUUGGGGAGAGGGCGCCCCAGGCUUCUGGGCACGCAGCUGUGGACGGGGUUCUCACCAGUCUGGAGCCUUGGGCUCCGGAGCAGGAGGACACGGGGCCUAAACCAUCCUUCCGGUCCACACUGUUCCACGCCAUAGAAAGGACCCCGAGUGUGGCAGGCCUAGAGAAGAGACUCCGAAGCCCUUCCAAAGUGAUUGAAAGUCUGCAAGAGAAACUGGCCUCGCCGCCGAGGAGGGCAGCCCCUGACCGCCUGAUGAGAAUGAAGGAAGUGAGCUCGGUGUCGCGGAUGAGGAGUCUCAGCUUCAGGAGCGCAGACUCCGCAGAGGAGGCUGAGGACACGAAGGCCGCGAGGGGCCAGGCCUGGCAGCCCCUGAGCGGGGGAGCCCGGGCGGGGAGAGCCGGGCAUCUGCCCUCCCUGUCCAGGGGCAGCAUCUCGGGGGAAGAGAACGGGCCUGCGGCAGCCGCGAGCAGGAGGCCCGAGCCUCAGGACUUCUGGUGCCCAGACUCGUACGACCCCAGCAGAGUGGAGAGAGUGUGACGAGGUGCUGGUGAAGCCCAGGACUGCCUUGGUUUGCUAACUGAGUGUUCUGUGGUCCAGUCUGUCCUCCCAUCUGGCCCAGGCAGGAGCUGGAGAUGCUGGUUUCCAUGCCCCAGUCCCCCUGCCCGCCGUCAGUGGGAAACUUGCCGUCCGUAUCGAGCUGCUCCUGGACAUGGAGCUCAGUCUGUUGAAAGCAUCUGUUUUUAUAGCAUGAAGAUCUAAUGCUUAUAUUUAGAAAAGCGUUUCACGCAAAGCCCACUGCCUGAUGGACGUGGCCAUGCUGGCCAGUAGCUCGGUGUCACUCUGUCUCUGUGAGAACUGGAAUGCAGACGGUGCAACGAGUGUCUCUGAAGAGACCACGAAGGCCCAGGUUUCGGGUCUGCGCUCAGGCCACGGCCCGGACAGUGCGAGUAGGUGAGAGUACCUGCCGCUGGGCCUCCUGCCGCUGGCCGUGCCCUGAGGGAGGUCUGGAGCAAGGUGACUCUCAGACUGUCGGUCGUAAACGGAGGAGCAGCGUUCGUCAGGCAGGGGACCGCUGCGGUCAUUUGCAGCAUGCCGUAGUCUGCUUUGCACUCAGCGUUGUCUAUUUGUAUUUUCUGUAUGGAUGUUUAGAAAUUCUUUAUAUGAAAAAUAAUUGCUGGUUUAAAAGAGACCAUUUUAACAAAGUGACUAUAUUUCUUUUUACAAAGUUGCUAUUUUUCUAUGAUGUAAACAGUUGUUAGGCGGCAGAUUUUUAAGGAAGUGUUACUUUAUUUAAGAGUCUAUGCUUUGUGUGAAGGUUCGCUUUCACGUUAAAGCCCAAUGUCCCCACCCGUUCUCACCCUGACACUUUUAUUUCAUUUAGGAAAUGUCAGUAUAGACUUUUCACAGAGUUCAGAAACUUUUUGCAAAGAUUUUUUUUAAAAAAGCAAUAUAGCUAUAAGGUUAUAUUUGAAAACAACCCUCCAGCCAGCAUCUUGCCAUCUCAACUAGAGUUACCAAAAAGACGACCCCCCUCCCGCCCACGCUUGUGUGUCAGGGUCUGCCUGGGAGCCUUUCCUCCACAUCCCUGCCCCGUCCCUCUAAAGAGGUCUGUAUUUUGUAUUUUUAAGCUAGAGCCAUCUUGACCCAGCCCUGCCUCUGUGUGCAGGUGCUUGGCACAUGCACGUGUAUGCAUUGGAGAAGCAUCACGAGGCCCUGUAUCCGACUGUGUAAUACCCAGUUAACCUGCACAGUUUGUGCGUUUUCAUGCACCUGUCACUGCUUUCCACAUAGGGUACCUGGCUAGCUCACAUUCUCUAAAUAAUCCCUCAUCUUCCUUCCUUCUCCCUGCUCCUUUCUCCUCUCCCCAUUUUUAUUUUAUUUAGUUUAUUCCUGGACAUUUCAAAUUCCUAAAAUGUGAACUCUUGGCCACCCUGUCCUUUGGUCCUGAGCUGACGGGUUGGACUCCGAGGGUCCACCGCGGCCCUGCUGUACCGGCGGUUUUACUUCCCGAGGGCCCCAUGUUGGUGGGGGUGGUAAUCGGUGGGCUUUGGGCAGUGCUGACAGGCCUGUCCAGUCGCUCGCCUGGCCUCGGCCCCCUCCUCCUCCACCUAGGCGUUUCUUGAGAACCCAGCCCUGGUGAAGUUGGAGUAGCCACAGUUGUCAGGGCAGCAGAACCAGGGCCCAGUCCCUGCCCAGGACUGGGGGAGGUGACGGCUCCUUCUUCUGUGCCUUGGGGAUCGCUGCGGGUAUCCAGCAGCCAAGGAUGGGCCAAACUUCCACUUCCCUCUUAGGAGAAGUGAAAGAAUGUUCUGACUUCCUCUUAGAUUUUGUGGAUGACAUUUAAAGACCCCUUUUAAAUAGAAUAUGAAAUCAUACGUUAUUCCUCAGGAGAAAGAGAAGGAUACUAUGCAUGUCGCAAACAGCCCCAAAUAGAGUGUUCUCCUGCUUCGUUUUAUUCUAGAUCGCUGUCUCGUAUCUUCCUGAAUCCAUGCUGAAGUUUGUUAAAAUCACUCAUUUAAACUUUAAUCUUAACUUUUUCUGGAACCAAGCCUGUAUGUCAAUCUGUAGGAGGGAAAAGGUGACUUUAAGAGUUCAUAAUUUGAAAGUUUCACUUGUAAAUUUCAAUGUCCUAAGGUAAAUAAUAUCUUUAAUGAGAAAUGGAUUUCCCAUAAGUUUUUAAUUUAAUACUGCUUUUCAUUAUUUCUGUUUCUCAUAAGUAUAAAACUAUGGCUGGAAAAAGUGUUCAUAUUCUGUGUUUGUCAUUGGUUUUCUUGUACACAUGAUUUCCUAUUGGCAUUUAAUAAUUGGGAGCUUGUAAAAUUAAACUUCUAAUUUUGGCCAUUUAAACUAGAAGUUGUCUGAGGAAGUACAAAUGCAGUGUAGGCCUGGAUUUGCAAAAAGGAAUGAUGGUAAUUUGGCUCUAGUUGCCUUUGUUUGAAGAAAAUUUCUGAGCAGUUGAAAAUGAAAUGUGUUACUACUUUUCAGCCCUUUGUUUCUGCAAACCCCAGACAACUCCCUAAAGAUACAGCUUGUCUGAUUGGCGCUUCAGGAUUAUUUCUGGGUUGUUUCUAACUGGAUUUCUCUUUCAAAAGACCCUAAAAUGGGGUCUUCCUGACAGGAAUCAGCGGUCUAGCUUUUGGUCCGCAGGAAAC